AUGUCUGUGCUUCAUACCCGCUUCCAGAUCAAUGGCCAAGCCCCUGCCUUGAUCUCGUCGACGAUGGGCGUCGUUAUGCGCACUUUGCUUACGGCAGAUGAGUGGUCGGGUUAUGAACCGGCUAUUUUCCAAGGACCAGUUCAGUUUAAUCUUACGGUAGCAGCCAUCAAAAAGUCUGCCCUCUCGAACAUAUCGCGCAUUCAGCAGCUGCAAGAGCAAAACCAGUCGGAGAAUCAAGAUGAGCAGAAACAGGAGGCCUUCUGCGUGAGCAGCCAAGCUCACACCUUUGAAGCAACGUUGAACGCCGCGAGAGACGCGGUAGAGCUGUCGCUACAAGCAUCAAAACUUCUCAGACAUGAGAGACUGUCCCAAGCUUUCAGCGCUGCAGUCGCCAUUGGCGGGCUUAGCCUGGCUACUAAGUCAUGGAAGGAUACGACGUUUAUGAACGACGAGAGCCUUGACGAGACAACUGCGAUGCUGUACCCCGGGGACAAGAUGCAACAUUAUCCGGGAACCUGGCCUUUUACGGAUAGUUACGAUAUCGUGACAGUACGGAAUGAUGACAGAUAUGGGAGUACGUCCUACUAUUUCGAAGUGAUCGCGCUUUCGAUCUCCAACGCCAGUUACGAGGAGUACACGGACCGGCACAUCCGGGAGGAGGAGAAGCAAACUGAAAUGGUGGCUCUCCCUCCCGAGUUCCCUCAAGUGUCAGUCGAGAGUCGGCUGCUGUAUAUCGUGCCCUCACAGAAACCACCAUUCUCGUUGGACGAAGGCUCUGCCUUGACCUACUACAAAGCCUUCGCCUUUGGGAUGGGCAUUUACGAUAGCUGGUAUCCCGGUAGCUACUAG